UCCAAGGUUUUAUAAGUUUAUUUUAAUGUUUCAGUGCAAGUUCAGUUUGAAUAGAAUUUGUUAAGAUGUCACCUGCAGAAAUCCUGAUGUCUCUGUCUGACUUGUUUAAACACAGUCACCUGAUCAUAAACUCCUCCCUCUUACAGCUCUUACCAGGAAGAGACUGACGUGUUAUUUCUGCUUUCUGUCACAUUUACUCUCUUCUCUACUGACAAAACCGAUAAAGAAUCAGCCGUCAGUGAAGAACCAAGAGAAACACUUUACAGAAGGAUCUUUGUGAAGUUUGUUUCUGAAUAGACAGCAGAUCUUUGUGAUUCUCGUGGUGAUUCAUCUUUCAAACUGUUGUUCAGAAAGUGAAAGUAAAGUUUAGAUUGCUGGAGCUCAAAGAGUGGAAAUGACUUCUCUAUCUGAAUAUGAUUUUUCUUGUCCUGUAUGUCAUGAAAUCUUCAAGAAUCCUGUUGUUUUAUCAUGUAGUCACAGUUUCUGUAAAGAGUGUCUUCAACAGUUCUGGAGAACCAAGAAAACCCAGGAGUGUCCCGUCUGCAGAAGAUCCUCAAGAGAACAGGCUCCGUGUAAUCUAGUGUUAAAAAACUUGUGUGAGUCGUUCCUGAAGGAGAGAAAUGAGAGGCGUUCAUCAGGAUCUGAGGAGAUCUGCAGUUUACACAGUGAGAAACUCAAACUCUUCUGUCUGGAGGACAAACAGCUGGUGUGUGUAGUGUGUGUUAAUUCACAGAAACACGUCAAUCACACAUUCAGACCCACUGAUGAAGUUAUUCCUUCAUAUAAGGAGGAGCUCAAUACAGCACUGAAAUCAUUACAAGAGAAACUUCAACACAAUGAAAAAAUGAAAGGAGAGUUUGAGAAAACAUUUGAACACAUCAAGUCUCAAGCUGAGCACACAGAGCGUCAGAUUAAACAGCAGUUUGAGAAGCUUCAUCAGUUUCUCAGAGAUGAAGAAGAAGCUACAAUCACUGCACUGAGGGAGGAAGAGGAGCAGAAGAAGCAGAUGAUGAAGGAGAAGCUGGAGGAGAUGAACAGACACAUCUCAGCUCUUUCACACACAAUCAAAGACAUGGAGGAGAUGAUGAAAGCCAGUGACGUCUGCUUUCUGAAGGAGUUUCCAGUCUCAAUGGAAAGAGUCCAGAUCUCAUCACAGCCGGAUCCACAGACGCCUUCUGGAGCUUUGAUUCAUGUGCCACGUUACUUGGGCAACCUGCCCUUCAGAGUCUGGAAGAAGAUGCAGGACAUCGUCCAGAACAGUGAGUCUGACUGCAGAAGAUACACACACACUGGAAAUGAUGCAAUAUUGACAGAUUUCAGCAUUAUGUGUGAAGAACCAGAUCAUCUACUGCACCAAAAUCAGCAGCUCACUUUAGAAAGGGGUGUAAAAAGUACUCAAAAAUUAAACUCAAGUUAAAGUAGAGAUACUAAAAAGUACAAGUAAAUGGCCAAAAACAUACUUGAAUAAAAGUAAAAAUAAAAAAGUUUUAAAUUGAA